CUACUGGAGAAGGGAGACAGAAGGCAGCGGUGAUCCUCCACCUCCUCUGCAGAUAAGGAUUUCACAUCCCAGCCGUGGCCAUGAGGAUCCUUUACCUGCUGCUGUCUGUCCUCUUUGUGGUGCUCCAGGGUGUUGCAGGUCAGCCCUACUUUUCCAGCCCUAUUCAUGCUUGUAGAUAUCAAAGGGGUGUCUGCAUUCCUGGGCCAUGUCGGUGGCCAUAUUACCGGGUUGGAUCAUGUGGCAGUGGACUAAAAUCUUGCUGUGUGAGGAACAGGUGGGCCUGAUGACUCACUGGCUUCUCCUGGGAAAUCCUGCCUGCAACUACCAAAUGGCCUCUCUGGCACUCUAACUCCAUCCAACCUGCUGGCACCACAUCCUCCUCCUGCCAAAAAAAAAAAAAAAAAAAAGGCUUUCAAUACUUCCCUAUCAGCACCUGUGAAAUCAUAAAUCUGAACCAGACAUCACCACCAAAACUACUUCUUUCCUUGCUUCAAUAAAAUGACUAUUC